AGAAGGUCCUGGAGAGGGGGUGGGGUGCAUACGCGCGUAGGGGAGGAGAAAAUCGGGAUUUAGGGAUGUUCUUUGUCUGUCUCUCCCCGUAUUUUUCGAAUGCGGGUAAUAAAGUGAAGCCUUUUUUCUAUAGUGGAGAGAAAAGUGACCAGACAUUUGAGGAACAUUUUUUUAGGCAUAGCCUACAGGCAAAAUUCAAGGACUUUAGAAACGGAGUAAGUAGGAUUCGAGAGUUGAGUGUCCCUCUCCCCCCACUCUGGAGUCACCAUGAGCUGGAGUUUCCUGACGCGUCUCUUGGAUGAGAUCUCCAACCAUUCCACCUUUGUGGGAAAGAUCUGGCUCACGCUGCUCAUCGUCUUCCGCAUUGUGUUGACGGCUGUAGGAGGCGAAUCCAUCUACUACGAUGAACAGAGCAAGUUUGUGUGCAAUACGCACCAGCCCGGUUGCGAAAAUGUGUGCUACGAUGCUUUUGCGCCGCUCUCGCACAUCCGUUUCUGGGUCUUCCAGGUGAUCAUGAUCACCACCCCCACCGUCAUGUACCUGGGCUUUGCCAUGCACAAGAUUGCCCGCAUGGACGACGAGGAAUACAGGCCCCGUGGUAGGAGAAUGCCCAUGGUGAGCCUAGGGACCAACCGGAACUACGAGGAGGCGGAGGAUAAUGGUGAGGAGGAUCCCAUGAUCUCGGAGGAGAUUGAGGUGGAGAAGGAGAAGAAGAAAGAGGACAAGCCCAACAAGAAGCAUGACGGGCGCCGGCGCAUCAAGCGCAAUGGCCUCAUGAAGGUGUACAUCUUCCAGCUGUUGUCGCGUGCUGCUUUCGAGGUCUCCUUCCUGUUCGGCCAGUAUAUCCUCUACGGCCUGAAGGUGUCUCCCUCGUACGUGUGCAAACGCUCCCCCUGCCCGCACACGGUGGACUGCUUUGUGUCGCGCCCCACAGAGAAGACCAUCUUUUUGCUCAUCAUGUACGGGGUGAGUGCCCUCUGUCUGCUCUUCACCUUGCUGGAGAUCCUCCACCUGGGCUAUAGCGGCAUCCGGGACUGUCUCUGCCGCCCUCGUCCCCCAAUUCCCCACCAACUGGCUAGCCAGCGUCCCACACUAUGUGGCCACCGGGUCCCCACAGCUCCUCCGGGCUACAACACAGCUCUGAAGAAGGACCCCAAGGGCAUGCGGUUGGACUACAACCUGGGCGACUCGGGCCGCGAGUCGUUUGGGGACGAGACUUCACAGCGGGAGCUGGAGAGGCUGAGGAGGCACCUGAAGCUGGCCCAGCAGCACCUGGACCUGGCCCACCUGAACGAGGACAACCACAGUCCGUCGCGGAGCAGCAGCCCCGAGUCCAAUGGGACGGCCGUGGAGCAGAACCGCCUCAACUUUGCCCAGGAGAAGCAGAGCAGCACCUGCGAGAAAGGUUUGCGAGCCUAACUUCUUCAUUUGCCCACCUGGCCCUCUAAUGAUAUAUUCUCGCAUCUGGGACAGUGGGGGUAUGAGGGAGCAUUGUGUGGGAACAGGUGUUGUGUAUAUGUGACUCGAGAAGGAUUAUUUGGUCUGCCUUUCAGUAUUGAGGCCAAUGAACGCUCAACUGAAACAUGCCAAACUCAACGAGCAGGCUCUUCCUACCCAGCUACACUUGACCAUGUCUGAAGAUCCAAAGUGACCCAACUGUUUUCAGAACAUGCCUAUUAGUAUCUCAGGGCAGCUGUGCUGUUUUGUUGAACUUCCUUUUGUAGUUUGUAGUUAUUCCUUUUUGCUGGAGUCUAGAGGGGUCCAUCUCAAGUUGGCCUUGAACCUAAAACUGUAGUUUAAAUUUCAGCCAGUCCAAGAGGGAAUGGAAAGUGUGUCUCACAACCAUGUCAACAUUUUUUGUGUGUGUGUUUUGUGAGGAAUAAGGAACCACAGUGAGUCAGUGUUUGAACUGGUGUGGUAAUAUACAGGACUCUCUGCUGUUGAGCAUAAGAAAAGGUACUAUGUGGCCAAUUCAGAGGGUGUUUGUGAUAUUAUGCAGUGAAUAACUGUCUUCCAUGUGCAACAGCUUACAAUUAGUAAAUGGUUAAAACUAUGUGUUAACCACCAGUCAUAACUGUUAUAUUCGAGUUGUAGCACACCAACAGCAAUACGUAGUUUGCAGAAAUAACUUACUUUGAUCAUGAACCCCCCCAAAUCUGAUGCCAAGUCUGGGAACUGGAAGCCUUUGUCCAAAGGAUCAAAAACCUGGGUAAUGCUUGAAUUCAUGUACAUUAUCUUGUAUGUUUUAUGUAACACAUGCUUUUUGAUACUGUUCCAUCAUUUAGUUUUCUAUGGUAAACGUUUGGAUGAUAUUGACAAGUGCAAAAUGAAUCCUUUAAGGCAGUGGUAUUCCAAGUUGUGGUCAAGCCCAAAUAGUUUGAACACAUUUUUGUAUGGGACAAUAAACAUUUUGAGAAAGAUAAUUAGAAAAAAAAUUGUGUUCAGUAAAUGUAUCUAUGGGUUUCUUCAUUUUGAUAAGAGAUUAAAACGUAAUGAAUUGAAGGUAGAAAUUCACAAAAAAGAAAUCCUUUUAAGGUUGUCAUUUAGAUUCGGGUUGGGGUUGCAAUACAUUUUUGUGAGGGUGGGGAAAUGGGGUACUGAUACAAAUGUUUGAAUACCACUGCUUUAGGGCCACUGUGACCAACUAGUAAUAAGUAUGAAGUUCCCUGCUUGGCGGGUGGGGGGGGGGGGUCCAGGUCCGGUUAACUAAGCAUUUCUUCUGUCGAAUAGCAUUUUCAGAAAGCAAGCCAAUUGCCCCCCAACUCGGGGUUAUAUUUUUUAUACAUUUGUGUGUUUCCCCUGAAAUUUGGACCUGUAUAUUUGUGGCUUUGUUACUUCUCUACAUGUUUCAAAAUCUUACGCUCGGUUCAGUGUUCAUUGAGGCAGCCAGUACGUUUACAUGCACACUAAUAAUUCGAUGUUCAACUUAUGGCAAUAGUCAUGUAAACACUACUCCCAUCUUGAAUCGGCGUAAUGUUAAAAUUGAAGUAAGCAUACGUUGAUUAAAACACCUGUUUUUCUGAAAUCUGUAGAAUUAAGAUGGCUGAUUCGGCGUUCCAGCUGUGUAUUUGAUCUGCCAUGUGCCAGUAGUGCAAGCCUCCCUCUUAUCUGCAAGUGAGUUCGGAAAAACUGAAGGUAUGCAUCUUAGAAAUAGUUCACAUACAAACGUUAUAUGUCCGAACUCAGAAUCAAAUAGGUGUCACAAAUAACAUGGUCAAACGUUUAUUUGGAUGGUUUUCUGCAUUUAUUUAAGUCCCAUUAGGUAGCCCGGUUACAUACGUGAAAAGGAUUAUUAGGGAAAUUGUUCUUGCAGAGCUUUUAAACAAACAAUUCUAUAUUAAUCUGGUUAUGCACAAACUGUAUUGUGUGCAUGUUACUGUACUCUGAUGCAAAUCACAUUCAAAAGCCUUAAACUGUUAAGAAUGACCUCCAUGUUCCCGUCUGUUUUAUCUUUUAACAGUUAAAACAACCCAAUGCCUUGAACAUGAUAAUCUAUAAUGCAAAUGUUCAUGUUAUCUUUUGAAGGUUAAAAUGACCCAAUGCCUUGAAUGUGAUCUGAUGCUGUCAGUGCACUCUAACAGCAGUGCCAUGAAGUGUAAACUCAUCUCAAAACUAUUUUUUUAUACUUGCUUUAGUACUUUUUUAUUUCUUAAACUUUUUCAAAUAAAUUCAUGUCUACCUUGAGUA